AUGGCUACCAACAUCACCUUCCACCCAGGAUCCGUUACUCAAGAUGAGAGGAACACCCUUUUAAACCAAAAAGGAGCUACUAUCUGGUUAACAGGAUUGAGCGCUUCUGGCAAAUCCACCAUCGCAACUGCUCUUGAACAACAUCUUCUACACAAGAAACUACACGCUUAUAGAUUGGAUGGUGAUAACAUCAGAUUCGGAUUGAACAAGGAUCUCGGUUUCGAUCAAGCUUCCAGAGUUGAAAACAUUCGACGAAUCGGAGAAGUCUCAUUACUCUUUUCACUUUCUUCCACAAUCGCCAUAACAGCAUUCAUCUCACCUUAUAUCUCAGAUCGUGAACUCGCUCGUACAUUACACGAGAACCAUUCUCCAGCUAUCCCAUUCAUCGAAGUUUACGUUGAUGCGCCUCUUGAGAUCGUUGAGCAGAGAGAUCCCAAAGGAUUAUACAAGAAAGCCAGAGCUGGUGAGAUUAAAGACUUCACCGGUAUCUCAGCACCUUACGAAGCUCCUGCAUCUCCCGAGAUUCACAUCAGGACUGACCAAGUUGAUGUAGCUGGAGCAGUGGAGAUCAUAGUUAAAUACCUCGAGGAGAAAGGUUUGAUCCCUGCUUAG